GAGGAGCGUAGAAUUUGGAGAGGGCGGGAAUUAGCUUCAUUCCGGAAAGAGUGCGUCAGCGCGUUAAACUUCCUAAAAUAUUACAUUUGUGCUGCCAGACUUCAUAUUUAUCUUCAUAUUUUAAUACAAUCCCUGUAAACACUGCACGAGAACAUGUCCUUCAUCGUAAAGUUUAUCACUGAUACUAUCCAAAGCUUCGUGGAUUGCCUCUUGAGAUUGUUUGGGAUUAAAAAAAGAAGACCUGCUAUAACACUCGAGGAUCCCAAUGUGAAGUAUCCAUUGCGUCUUGUUGACAAAGAGAUUAUUAGCCAUGACACAAGGAAGUUUCGCUUUGCUUUAAAAUCACCAGAGCAUGUCCUUGGACUUCCCAUUGGUCAACACAUCUACUUGUCGGCCAGGAUAGAUGGUAACCUCGUGGUGAGACCCUACACGCCAGUGUCUAGUGAUGAUGACAAAGGCUUUGUCGAUCUGGUCGUGAAGAUCUACUACAAAAAUGUCCAUCCAAAAUUUCCUGAGGGUGGGAAGAUGUCCCAGUACUUGGAGAGUCUGCGUAUCGGUGACACAAUUGACUUUCGUGGGCCAAAUGGACUGCUGGUUUAUGAAGGCAAAGGUUCAUUUGCUAUCAAACCCGAUAAAAAAUCACCUGCUGUAAUGACAACCGCAAAACACGUCGGCAUGAUCGCAGGAGGGACGGGCAUAACACCCAUGCUUCAGAUAAUCCAAGCAAUCAUGAAAGAUCCAAAGGAUGAGACCGUUUGUUAUUUACUGUUUGCAAACCAGACAGAAAAAGAUAUUCUGCUACGGACCGAGUUAGAGGAAGUCUUGGUUAACAACCCAACACGUUUCAAACUGUGGUUCACUCUUGACAGGGCUCCAGAUGGAUGGGCGUACAGCCAAGGUUUCAUCAGUGAGGACAUGGUGAAGAAUCACCUUCCUCCUCCCGGAGACGACACGCUCAUCCUCAUGUGCGGACCUCCUCCUAUGAUCCAGUUUGCAUGCAACCCCAACCUGGACAAGGUGGGCCACGCCGAGGACAGACGCUUCACCUUCUAAAGAGACCUGGGCGUCGUCGAAUAUCACUUGCAGUAAUGCAUCUUCAUUUCAAAAAUAUAACCACACAUUUCCAAAGCCUGCAUAGCCCCCACAUAUCUUAAAUGCACCUUAAAUGAAAAAAGUUACGGCAUGAUGCAAAGAUCUUUUAUCUAUACCCAAAAUGUACCUACUGCGAGCUCUGCAUGCACUUUUAUGCAAACCAAAAGCCUUGUAUAAUUUUUAAGCAGAUAUAUGUAAAAAAAAAAGUCAUUUUAUGCACUAUGAUUUAGCAAAAAGUAAUACUUUAUUUACAUGUUUGCUAUGGCGUAUGGAAUUGUGCGGAUAUUAGAUGCGGUAAAAAUAAUUUUUGUGUAACAUUUGUGUAAUGCAUUACCCACAGGCAAAUAAUAAAUGUGUGCGCCCUCUAGUGUUCAAACAGAUAAAAAUGGUCUAUAUAAGCAGAUUUUGUCAAUUAGCAUUUUGCAGAAGCUUUAUGUAAAGAGAAAUGAGGGUGCAUGAACUAAAAUUAUGUGUUAAUCCCAUCACGUACAUUUAAUAAGUAUAUUUGUAACUGUUGUUAUAUUUGUGGUGAAUAAAAGUACACAAACCGUACUCGUUAAUAAAUGAGCGUUAAAGUG